ACAGCUGAUUCGCAGAAAAAAUCUCAUCAAGUGAGUGUUCAAGUGGGCGAGUGUGAUGUGUUCUUUAUAAAUUUUACGCAAUCCUCAUACGAAAAUUAUUAAUAAUGUACAUAUGAUAUAUUAUUUGUAAUUCCAAGUGAACUUGUUUACAAAAGAAUAUUUGACCUUGUUUCUGUUUGAAAGGAAAAUCAAGAGCUUGUGAAAUCUUUUGUUUUGGUACAAAGAGAAAAAGUUUGUUUAAAUUGCACUUGUGCUUACAAAAAUACAAACGUAUUUACAAGCAUAUUUAAUCAUCGUUAUUCGUUGCUUGUGGUUGUUGUAGUUAAUAUUAUUAUUAUUAGAAGUUCGCUUUAAAGCAAUAACAAAUCAUCAUAAGCAGCGUUAGGCCGUAUAAACGACAAAUACUCGUACGAGUAGCCAAGUAUUACCGCUAAGUAAAUUAUAUAUUAAAGGAAAAACAACAACAGUGGUGACAAGUGGCAAACCAAACAGCAUAAUCACAAGCCGUUGGCAGCUACUUAAUAACAAACAUCUACAACAACAAUUAACACGCUGUAAUUGCAAUGCCUGAGAAGCGUGUAGUGCCUGUGAUUGGCUCUUUGGCUGACUUUGAAAGCAAAUUGCCUGGUUAUUUGAACACAAACACUCCACUCGCCUUACUACUCGACUACGAUGGCACUUUGGUGGGCAUCGCCGAUAAUCCGGCGAAUACAUUUCUCACAGCGAGUAUGAAGAAAUUGCUGCACCAAUUGGCCGUACAUCCGAAGGUCUUCUUGGCUCUUAUCUCCGGACGGGGAUUGCGUGAUGUACAGUCGUGCUUGGGCAUCAAGGGGAUUACUUACGCAGGCAAUCACGGCUUGGAAAUCGAGAGUGGCGAUGGCACACGUUACGACUAUGCACUGCCAGCUGAACUCCAGACGCGCUACAUGACUAUCGUAAGAGAAUUGACGGAAAAGCUGGAAAAUAACGGUGCAUGGGUUGAGGAUAAGAAAGUUUCGUUAACCUUUCACUAUCGUGAUGUGCCGGGAGAUUCGGCAGAAGAAUACAAACAAGCGGCUAAAGCGAUAAUUGAGUCGCAUGGCUUCCGGGCGAAUCAAGCGCACAUGGCGAUCGAGGCGAAGCCACCAGUCAACUGGAACAAAGGUGAGGCAGCUUUGCUUAUUUUGAAGAAUCAGUUCGGCGAUGAUUGGGCUAAAAAAAUCAAAGUGAUAUUUGCCGGUGACGACAAUACCGACGAGGACGCCAUGCGGUUAUUGCAAGGAUCUGGUUUAUCUUUUCGUGUUUCAACCGAUCCUAAUAUUCAGACCUAUGCUGAUUUUCGCUUAGCGAGCCAGAGUGUCGUGGAGGGCAUGAUGACGUGGAUAAGCAAUACCUAUAAUCAAUAGGACAAGCAUUAUAAAUAUAUAAUUGUGUAUAUAAAUACACGACUGAAUUUAUUACGGCUUUAUUGUAUCUGGACGUCAUAAAAGAGGCAUUAAGGAAAUUUUCAAAUAUUUGUUUAUACAUAUGUGUGAGGUAAUCAAUGACAAUUAGCUCAAAUAGAAAAUUAGUGUGCGAAUAAAAGUUGAAUUUUUGGCAAGAAUUUGCAAAACAUGGUCUUUGAGGACCAUGGGCUGAAAAUGAUUGGGCCUCACACUAGUUUUAUUGAAUUCACCUCAGUUUCAGUUAGUACUAAGCUUCAAAAGACAGCUGUUAAAAUUUCAUGACAUUCUAUUCAUAAGUUUGCGAGUUAUUCUGCUAAGAGUUACGCUACUUUUGUUAUUUUAAAAAGAAAAAUAAAAUCGUUCUGAAUGAUCGGAGAGUGAA